AUGCCAGCCGGACCACCGCCUGGUCUCGGCGCAGCAGCACCGCCAGCAGCAGCUUUGCCUCCCAACCCCUUUGGUGCAAACGGCUCGCAAGCACCCACCAAGUCGCCCGUUGCCCAUCACACCCGGGCACAACCUGCGAGCCAGUAUGAGCGUCCAGCCGGCUGCCCUCGGCUGUACAGCAGGGGAGCGCUGCUAGCUUACAGCUCUUCCUUGCUGGUAGCGAAACCCAUCGACAUGGCCCCCCUCCGCGACUGGUAUGGAGAAUGGGAGCCCUACCAUCAAAAGUCCACCUACUACAAUUCCCGCGACACUCCACGAAGAGGCCACGCGGAAGAACAAACCCAAUACGCAGCAGCUGAAGGCGAAGAUGGCGUCAACAACGGUGGCAUCGUUGGUGGCGCCCUGGGCGGCUUCGGUCAGCGACGGGAAGGCGCAGGCGCUCGCUUUGGAGGCAGGAGGAACGAGGACCGCGAGCGCGCAGAAGGCCUCCGCCUUGGUGAAGUGAGCAGUCGACGAGUUGCUCCCGCCGGCAAGAACCCCUUCGGCCAAAUCUCGGCAAGUGGCACUUUCAAGCCUGCGGGCAAUAUGGGAGGUCGAGGAGGUCCUCCGCGAGACGGUCACCCGGACGGCUUCGGCGACGGUCGCCGCUCUGGCAUGGGCGAGCGAUCCACCUCCUACGGCAAGGAUAGGAUGCGAGAAAUGCUUCCAGACGAUAGGAGACGCGACCCAGCCCGCGAGAGACGUCGCGGCGAACGAGGUCUGGACGCCGAUGAAAGCCGAGAGGAGGGAGAGAUCAUCGAGUCUCCCCGCACCCGACGUGGAGGUGGAGCUGACCAGGCUGCCGACUGGCGAAGGCCCGGUGACCGCGAGCGUGCUGGUCCCUUCUCGAGCAUCGGCUCGGAUCGUCUAAGACCCAACGAGCGACGCGGCGCUCAGCGUGCAGGUGGUGCACCCUGGGCUGGCGAUGCCGACGACAACCCUGCUUGGCUUGAGGACGACUCGGAACCCUUGCCAGUGGACAACCGUGCUCCCUUCGGCCAGUUUGGCAGCCGACGCAAGGACGCUGACGGUCUCGAUGGCUCCCACGGCGACGACAUGGCAGGCGCGGUCGACAGUAUCCAGGCUUUCAAGGCACAGAUGAAGGAGCGAGAACGUCGCGAGAGGCUCGCAAGAGGCGAAGAGGAGCCCGCCGACAACACUGGCGCUUACGAGGGCGCUCGUGGCGCAUCGUACGGGCUGGACCGCGAUGCGUCGGGCGACUACCAUCUCGGCGGUGAAGGUGGCUCGCAGCAGUCUGAGCUCGAUGCUAUCCGUCAAGAAAUGAUCGCUGCAGCCAACCAACGAUCUUCGUCGGGAGCCUCUCUGUACGACAGCAUCUCCAACAGUCACGGAGCAGAAGGCUCGGGUCCCCCUGGUCUUCCUGUCCGUUCCAGUCGAUUUGCGCGCUUCUUCGACAAGGGAGGCGCGCCUCCUCGUGAUCCCCAAGCUGCCGCGCUCGCCGCUCAGCAGAAGAUGCUCGAGGCCAUGGGCGGAAGCAGCUCGGAGAACAAGGACGCAUCCAACUUGCAAGCGUCUCAGUCGCCACCUCCCAAUGCCUCGUCUUCGUCCAUCAACAUCUCGGAGCUUUUCAGCAAGACAUCGGUUCGUGACAAGGGCGACGGCACCCAGAAGGACGCUUCAGGCAAAAACGUCUCGGAUGCGGACCAGCAGAGCAUGCAGAAGCUCAUGGCCAUGCUGCAAGGCGGUGGAGGAAGCGGCACAGGUACGCCUACUCAGGGCAAAGGUCCCGAUUCCGAAUCAGGCGAUCGUCUCCAGGAGCUUCUGCGCGGUCAGGGCCGUGGAAACGGUGGCAGCGCUGAAGAUGGCGUCAAUGAGCGACCUCGAAGUAUGCUCUCUCCGGGUGCUUCAUCGAGCGAAGCUCAAGGUCACGGCAUGGACGCCCGCUCUCCUCUGCCUUACCACCAGCGAGAAUCGAGCGCCUCGGCUGGCCAUGGCCAACAGCAACAUCACCAACAGGAGCAACAGCAGCACGAGCAGUACCCGCAGUACCAGCAGCAACAGCAGCGCUCCGAAUCUCCGUCCAUCGGCGGUGGUCGAGGUCCCUACGGCAACGAUCUUGGCCGAGUGGGUUCUCCGACGAGCCCCGGUGGGCCUGGUGGCGUUGGCUCGCCUGGCUCAGCGCCUGGUAUGGGUGGCUUCGGCGGCUUCCCGGGUGCGAUGCCUGGCCGACCGCCGCCGCCUGGCAUGGACCCGCGCAUGAUGGGUCGUCCUCCCAUGGGUGGUCCCGGUUUCCAGCAGAUGCCGCCUCACAUCGCUGCGAGUCUCGGUCUCGCCCGCGGCCCCAUGCCACCUGGGAUGGGCCAGAUGCCUCCACCGCCCAUGGGUGUCCCCGGUGGUCCUCGCGGCCCCAACGGCGCCUUCCCACCUGGCUUCGCGCCCUUCCCCGGUGGUCGUCCGCCUCCGCCCGGUAUGCCACCCCAGCUCUACCAGCAGCUGAUGAGCAUGCCGCCGCACAUCCAACAGCAGGUGCUGGCCGGGCAAGGCUUCCCUCCCGGCGGAAUGCCGAUGCCGCCUCGAUCGCCGUACGACAUGCCCGGUACGCCCGGCAGCAACGGUGCCGAGGGGAGGUCUCAGUCUCCCGCCGCGCAAUUCCCUUACUACGCCAUGCAGCAGGGGCCCGGAGGAGCCGUGUCCCCCGGCCAGCAGCAUGCGCCUCAGCAACAGCAGCAGGGACAGCAGCAAGUCAAUGUGGGAUCCCACGCCAUGGGCGGGGCCAACCUCAUGGCGCUGCUCAGCAGCGGGAGGAACACGCCCGGUGGCUCGAACUGA